GCCAUUUUGGCUCAAGCCAUUGGGCUCUGAGACUGGCCGCGGUUCGCCCUUCCCCAGGGUUCUGCUUACCGUAUCUUUCGCUUUUCUUCGGCAUGGCGCUCAUUCAGCUGCCCGUUGCGCAGGCAGUCUUCGGAGCGGCUCAUGCUGGCAUGGAGUUGGGCUUAUCGGCCAAGGCCAUGGGCAACUUGGUAGCAGCAGCGGCGCGGGGUGCGCUGCAGGGCGUGUCCGCCAUCUCGGUGGCGCACGUCGAGGCGUUUGAGACGGGCUCCACCCUCGACAAGCUGGAGGAGGCCCUACACGCCGUGAAGAAGGGGGUAGGGAUGGAGGCGACGCCGUCCGCCCUUGAGGCCAAGCAGCAGUUUCGGCAGUUGGGCAAGUCCGAGCUCGCGUCCAAGCUUGGCAAGCUCAGCAAGAUCCGCAACACCAUUGGGCACCCCCCUGCAGGCCUGGUGUGCGACAUUGCGCAGGCCUUCGAGGAGGAGAAGGAGGUAGGUAAACCAUGCACUGUCUUCUCCACGGGCUGCCAGGAGAAGAAGUUGAAGGACAAGGUGAAGUCGAAGGGCAAGAAGAUCGUGGACGCGCAGGUCGAGGCUGGGGUGUCGCCGAGUGGCGUGGAAACCAAGUGCGACGUGGCGGCCCCACUGGAGUACGACGCGAAGCAAAUCGAGGUCGCGGUCGUGGAGCCGCCGCCCAACCUCAUUGACAUCUUGCUAGAGAAGAGUCGCGAGGCCGUCGAGCUGAAGCGUCACCUCGAGCUCGCACAGGCUGCCCAUCUCGAAGCGGCUGAAGCCGCCGUUGAAGCGGGGCUGGACGUCCAGGAGGAAGUACGCCAGCGGCAACUCGCUGGGCAGCGUGAUGGGCUGGGUCAGGCGGUGGGGGUCCGGCUCCCCUUCGGUGGUCCCGCCGCUCUUCCCGGCUCCCUCAGGCGGUGGGGGCCCGCUAUUCCCCUAGCAUCGGCGUCUUCGGCAUCUCGUCGGUGUGCGAGUUCAGGUCGCCAGCGCAAGGGGCGCUGUGGCCGCGUGAAUUCACGCUCGGAGUGCGGAGGCUCGUGUUCCUCCUGCGCUCCGCCUGCUGGCUGCUCGGCGUCGCGGAGGCCCGUGUUCCUCCUGCGGCCGAGCAGCGCGACGAAUUCACGCGGAUGCGGAGGCUCGUGUUCUUCCUGAGUCCGCCUGCUGCUCGGUGGCGCGGAGGCUCGUGUUCCUCCUGCGACCCGAGCCGCACCGCCGUGGUGCUGCGGAGGCUCGUGUUCCUCUUGCGUUCCAGUGGCUCGCGAGGACGGGACAGGGUCCCGAUUGGUCAUUCCUCGG